AUGUUUUUUCAUGAAGUUUUUAGUGGUGUACCACGUCGGCCACCAGACAGUGUAUUGCGUGAUUUGGAGAAGCUGAAUCAAGAAUUUGAUUUGUCACAUUAUCUGAGUGAGUGCCGGGAACCAGAUUUGCUUGCGGAUAUCGUGAAGUCGCAGAUGCGCAAUCGUUUGCGAAAUGCUGUGAUCGGUCCGACCGCGACCAAAGCAUCGGUGCUAGAAACACUGGAAUAUUUGGGCACCCAUUUAGCAGCACAUUCACCAUCCGAACGUGCUGCAUCCGCAUACUGCCUCACAUUACUUCUCAAUCGCGACACGAACAUCCAGGCAUCACCGAUUGCAACGAACGCAACUCCCGCUUGCAGCCUUCAGAAUAUUGCAUUCUUUGCUGAACUAAAGGUUGCGCAUCACAUUUCGUGUAUGGUUGAACGCCUGAAAGAUGGCGCAGAAACAGAUAACAUUCGUAUAAAUGCAGUGUGCUUCUAUGAGAGAUAUGUCCGAGAUGUUGAG